CCAGUCCCUAUCCUAAAGAAGCCACUAAGUGCGUUUACUAGAGAGACAUGGAGGCGAGUUUUCACAGUGGACUUUUUUUGCACCAUUGCCAAACGAAUCCGAUGGGGACUUCGCACUGCGAGAAGAUCCCCGAAUCGGGAAGACUGCACAGAAAUCCUUUCAGCAUCGAUGCGAUUUUAUCCAUGACACCCAAAAAAACUGGACCUUCGGAAACGAGUGCAACGCCCUACACGAUGCCAUUCUACUCGGCGCCAAGCGCCCCUGCUCUUCACGUGUGGAAUCCGGGAUUGCCGCAGCAGAGCCCACCUUACUGUACGGGGAGCCCAGUCGAGGGACGUCAGGAUAAAGACUUGGCUGAAACAGGUUGCAAGCAUCAUAAAUGGCGAUCCAAGUCUACGUCCGUGAGGAGCGGCUGCAGACGAUUUCGGACGAUCUUCACCGAGGAGCAGCUGCGGAGGCUGGAGGCGGUGUUCAGCACGCAGCGCUACUUGUCCGGCGCAGACAAAGUUUUCCUGGCUUCGGCGCUGCGCCUCUCCGAGACUCAAGUAAAGGUCUGGUUUCAGAACAGAAGAACGCGGUUUAAGAAAUCCAUGGAGCCCCCUGCCAAAGCAUUGCACGUGGACGGUAACAAAACCGACGACAUUGAGGGGCGUUUGUUGUCGUCCGCCAGUUCAGAGACGGAUGAAGAUGAGUUUAUUUCAGUAGACGAUGCGGACAGCUGAUCGCUUUUUUCUUUAGGAUCACGGACUGGCUUUGAGAAGUUCACUGAGAGAUGUCACUUUAUAUGAAAUGUAUUUAACACAGCAGAUUAUCUUAAGAACACAUUCAGUUAGGUGGUCUGCGGGAUCUUUCAAAUAGUUGUACCUAAACUGUACAUAUAAAAUAUUUAAUUUUCUUCCACUAUGUGGGUGCUUUUUU